CCACCCUUCAUGGUACAUCAUCAGGUUGACCGCGAGCAUUUAAGACUAUACAGUUCUUCUCUUCAUUUCCUUCAAAGUGGACAGCUCUCUGUCAUAGUAUUUGUUUUCUUCUACUUGCCAGUCCUACCUAAAUCAUGGCCAUGGAUCCCGUCGAGCCUCGUGAUCGGUAUAAUCUCCGCAAGGCACUCACCAUCAUGGAAAGGGACAUCAAAGCCCUGGAAAAGGAGACUCUUAUCUUGGAUCAAAGCAUGCUGAAACGGUACCGAGUUCAAGUCCUACCCCUAAGCCUUGAUGCCAAUGACUCGCUUGCACCAAAAUUUUUCACUUCUUUUGCUCCCGAAGAUAUGCCAGAGCCAACGGAGGAAUACGUUGACAACCAAUACGACAAUCACAACGUAACUCUGUCCAACGAAUAUGGGCGACUGAUCUCCAUUUACCUAAAGUCUUAUGUUAGCGAGUUGAGGUUUCACUUCCCAGAGGUCUCACACACGUGGUCACGUUAUCAGAUCGGCGAUUACAUAUUUGGUGAUGAUAUUCUAUACCGAGUUUACGAGCCUGAAUUUGGCACAUUGGAUAUACGUCACGUCUCUGAUGGCUCCAAGCCGCACAUUAAAUGCAUCAUGCACAAUGACAUUGAUGUAGAUGAUAGUCAUCUACUUUAUGGGGAACUAUUUACUGUCAUCCACAUCAUGUUGGGCCAACUGAAGCUGAAGGAGUUUGUUGAUGAUAUGGUUGCACCGGUUCUACUCUUUUCUCUGAAUCAACAGCAUCCACGUAUCAUUGAAGCAUACUUUGAUGGCCAGAAGCUGUUGGUGCGCCGCACUAACCGCUAUGAUUUUACGUUCUUGAAUGAAGCUGGGUUCAAGACGUUUGCACAAUGGUUGAUGGGCGAUCCUAUUGGUGAUACGUCGAGAAAUGCGGUCCGGACUUGAUGGGUUGAUCAUGGGUCAAGGGUGUCUGGGAUACGGCGUUUUCGGGGUUCUGUAAUGUCUUUGCGAGUUAAUGGUCAAGGUAGCAUCCGGGGCGGGCUUUUACACUUUUUUGUUACUGUAUCAAUGCAGCAAGUAUCC